GUGGCGGUGCGACUUUUCCCGGCAGCAACAUCUUGAUAACAGACACCAGCAGAAUCACUCUAGACUUGAGCUAUAUAAGCAUCGGAUUUCUACAUUUCCAGCAUCAGUUGUCGGCAACAAAACCUACAGAGUUCACUCCGCGAGUACCUCAGAAAACAAAAACCAAAAAACUCACAAUGAAAUUCCUGUCGCUUGCCUUUGUCUUCGGUCUGUUGGCCCUGGCUGGUGUGUCCUCUGCCACACCCCUGAAUCCUGGCAAUGUCAUCAUCAACGGUGACUGCCGGGUCUGCAACGUAAGGGCCUAAGGCUGACGAGGAAUAUGGAAGAAAACGCUGAAAUAUUGGCCCAAAGCUUUCGAUUUACACCGCCAUAUAAAUUAUGUUACAAAUAAGUCAUAAAUAAAACGACAAAGUUAAUAAAAAUAUUUAAAAUUUAAAA